AUGCUCUUCUAUGUGGUACUCCUACUUUUAGGAGCAGGCGCCUAUUACUACCAUUUUACAGCGAACAGAAAGAAGAUCAUUGAAAGACUGGAAGUAGUUGCUCAACGAAGACGUGAUGAUCUGGCCAAAAACGUCGUGGAGACUAGGAGAAUCGCUGAUAAACUGGACCCCAAAAGGAGAGAUUACGUCGGAGGACUUGAUUUCAUCCAGCUACAAAACGAACUUCAAAAAGGAACAGUUACAUGCGUGGAAGCGGUUCGCACCUAUUUCCACAAGGCCAUUUUGGCCCAUGAGAAAACGAAUGCAGUGACUUGUUUCAUUUUGGAAGCAGAUCAACAGGCUGAGGAGUUGGAUGAGAAGGCAAAACAAGCAUCCUAUGUGAAACCACCAAUGUUCGGUGUUCCACUUUCAUUGAAGGAAUGUCUGAAAGUGAAAGGAUAUGAUACAACAAGAGGUUUUGUUCAAGACGCCUACAGACCAGCCACAGAGGAUUCUAUUCAAAUUGAGCAUUACAAAAAACUUGGUCUGAUCCCAUUCUGCCAAACCAAUGUUCCACAAUCCCUUCUCAGUUACAAUUGCUCGAAUCCUCUUUUCGGAACAACGACGAAUCCAUUCGAUUCCACUCGUACUUGUGGUGGAUCUUCUGGAGGAGAAGGAGCUCUUAUCGGAGGACGUGGAUCUAUUAUUGGCAUCGGAACUGACGUCGGAGGAUCUGUCCGAAUCCCAUGCCAUUUCACAGGAACCGCUGGAAUCAAGCCAUCCAAAAUGCGAUUCGCUCAUCGUGGAGGUGGGGCGUCGGUUCCAGGAAAGCCAAUGAUUGAUGCGAAUGAUGGACCGAUGGCUCAGGAUGUGAGGGCUAAUGUUGAGUUUUUGAGAAAUGUCUGGGGAGAUAUCGACUUCCAAUCGGAUCGUGAUCCAUACUGCCCACCAGUUCACUGGAACGAAUCCUUAUACUCAAGUGAGAAGAAACUUCGUGUCGGAUACUACAUAGACGAUGGAUGGUUCACUCCAACGCCAGCUCUCCAAAGAGCGGUUCUCGAAUCAAAGAAACAUCUCGAAAACGCUGGGCACACUGUCAUCCCAUUCUAUCCACCACGACUUACAAAAGUCAUGCAAUUGUACUUCAGAGCUGUCUGUUUGGAUGGAGGCCAGUACGUUUUGAACAAGCUGUUGAAGGAUAUCAUCGAACCCACUAUUCGAUUCCAAGUGACUCUUUGGAUGGUUCCAACUUGGGUUCAACGUAUUCUCAGCUAUCCAGUCUCGUUGGUCUUCCCAAGAAUGGCAGUUUUGAUGCAAUCGUUGACAAGAGAUACUUUUGAACUGAGAGAAGCAUACGCUGAUAUUGAAGCCUAUCGUGAGGAGUACGUUGGAAUGAUGAUGAAAGACAAUUUGGAUGUUAUUCUCUGCCCAGCAUCCGUUAUGCCAGCUCCACAACACGACAUCCCAUCAAAGGUCGUCUCUGGAGUCAGCUACACUUGCCUCUACAAUUUGCUUGAUUUUGGAGCAGGAGUUGUCCCAGUCACCACUGUUAGCAAGUCUGAUGAAGAGAAGCUGAUCAACGAGUAUCCGGAAACUGAUAAAUGGUAUCAGACUGUCAAGAAGGCGACUAUUGGAGCCAUCGGUAUGCCCAUUGGAGUACAAGUCGCUGCUCCUCCAUUCAGAGAAGAAGCAGUUUUGAGAACAAUGAGAGAAAUUGAAUUGGCAAUCACUGGAAAGUAG